GCCGUUAUCUUCUUGAUCGAUGACAACGGCCUUAGUUGGUACUGCUGCUGAGGGGUGGAGAAAUCGGAAGCGGGGAGGUUUACCUACGAUGGCACAAAGUUCAAGACAUUCUUCCUUACGUCUGUCUAUGACAGAGAGCGGAAAAACUGGGUCAGGAAGACAAGAAGGUGUCUCUUGACCAUCGACUCUUCCAAGGAUACGGGGUCAAGGCUUUGUCGAUGAAAGCGUUUGACGUGCGUGGGAACGGAACGGAGUUCCAAAUGCUAGAUCCGGAAAAGUUUCUUUCCAAAACUAAUGGCUACCGCGUGACUGGGUCCCUACCUGUCGUCGACAGCGCUUUCAUGCUCAGCAGACCUUUGGUCCAAUUCAACAGCCCGACGGACCAACUCGCCGCUUUCGUUACGCGAUACAGGGAAGAGUUCGCGAGGCUGCCUGCUGCCAAGCGAGUUGACUGUGUUUUCGUGCCGAUUGACGCGGGCCCCAAACGGUGCCAGGAUCAGCCGGCCAGAGCGGGUGAAAAGAGGAAGCAAUUGGCGAAUGCCCCGUCUUCGUCGGCUGCGGUUGUCGAGGCUCGCCCGCUCCGGUUCCGCCCUCGGAUCGGCAAAGUCGCGAUGCGGCCGAGCAGUCCAGCAAGGCCACAGACUACGACGACGGAGCUGUGCGCUAUCGGGCUGGUCCCCAGCAUCGUUCCCGGGGAGGUGCAGGUGCCUUUGAUGACGACGAAUGCGAGAGCCGAGAUGGGGAGGGCGGUGGUUGGGAAGGGGACGGCGGUGGUGAGGAGGGGAAGGGCGGUGGUGAGGAGGAGGAGGGCGGUGGUGAGGGGGAUGACGGUAAUGAAGGAGAUGUUGAAGAGUGCCAUAACAGGCUCCAUCAGUGCUGACUUGGGGGUGUGGGAUAGACCUGAGCUCGUUCUUGCGUUGGUUGACCCCAACGUCAUCGUCGGCGAGCAGGGAAGGCGAAUCACGCCAGACGAAUUCUUCCAGAGAGACUCUGCAGAGUUCGACUGGUAUGCUGUCUGCGGUCAGCAUACUGCCGAGGCCAUGAAACGGUUGGUUGUAAAGGACUCCCCCGCGGUCAAAGUCUACGGCCUCCGCACGUACUCUAAAGUGCGAGUCGUAUUUUUCGAUGAUGACCACACAAGCGGGUGCUUCAAUGUCUCCCUCUUCGACAACACACGGGAAAAUCGCGCCAUGAUGUUAUCCUUCCAGCAGGCUAUGCGCGAUAUGCGGCAAUGGUGGAUCAACAACAACAGGAUCGAGGCACCCAAAGCUAAGGUCAGCGAGAAGGAUGUCGUCGCCGUUGCGCAUCAGAAAACGUGGCAGAACUUCCUGAGGGCCUGCAUGCGGAAGGCGUGCGACAAGGCGUUCGUGAAACAGGCACUCGACAACGAAUACAGCAAGGAUUGGAGUAACAAACUCCGGGGGUACCUGAACCUCGCCACGUCCACCCGCACGGUUUGGCCGCUGAUGGAGAAGUUCUUCGCGAUGUCCGAGGAGGGUAAGCUGCCAAUCGGCAACAGCAAGAUCCCACUUGAGAUGUCGGGGAGGAUGGAGGGGCGCCUGCCCGGCCCGUACACUGACGAGAACAAGGGACAACGGACUUUGUACCACUGCAUAUAUGCGAGAGAUGGUCCCAAGGGCUCCACUGUGUCCUGGAAGGAUUUGUGUCCUACGUACUUCAAGAACUUCGGGGACAUGACAUGCCGCGAGAGAGAAGUCGCGCUACUCCUACUCAUGUCGCGGAAAGUGGUGGCAACAUCAGUGAGAGUCACGCCUCCAAGGGUGAACACAGAGUGCCUCCUCGAUAUUAUGCGCAAGGAGAGAUACAUGGUCUGCAUGUUCAACUACGUCGUGUUUUGCGCCGAGGGAAGGGCAGGGGACGAAUGGAACGACGACUUCUUCAUGUCGUACAAGGACCUGGAAGAGAGGUAUGCUUCAAACAGGCUAUGCGCAGAUGAAUGGGAGAAGGAACUGGAAAAGCUGCAUAGCAACUUAGUGAAGACGAUCCCUCGGCGACUUGGAGGAGUGGACGAGGCAAGGCAAGGUGCGGGUUUGGGGCCUACAGAAGUGAUGUACAAGGAAGCUCCGUUUCACUUUAAGGUCUUUAUAUACACCGCGAUCGAUAAGCUCGAUAUGCUUCGAGCGGAGGUAAAACGGAUCGCCUCCAGUGCAUGCCAUCUUGUGUGGGACAAACUCGGCAGGCAGACCACAUUACUUCCUGUAUGCAUGCGGUCAAAGGAGGUUAUGGCGGCGUCCGUCGACAUCAUCGCUGCCGCACAAAAAAUGGCAUGCAGGGCCGUCAUCGUGGACAUCUCGGCCGCGAAUUUCAGGAGUGCAUGGACCUCGCAGGACUUCGAUGCACUGUAUGCAAUGAUGGCGAAGUGUUGUGGCGGGGAGUGGAAAAUGGCGGUGACGUAUGUCUCGAAGGGUUGGAGACCGUUUCCCCGCAUGGGAAAGGACAGCUGGCUGAAGACGACGGAGCAAUCAAUACUAUACCGCUGUCAGAAAGAGAACCUCGGGGAGAGUGAAUCAUCCAUCGCGGCAAAGGCGAAACAAUUGUUCGACGCCUUGGGAGCCACUCGGCAGUUAGAGUACUCACACAAGUUUUACGAGCUGCAGUCAAGCCCCUCGUACGGCAAAAUUGAUUGGAAGGCGGCCACAAGGAACACGAUGGGUGAACAAAGGGAAGAUGGCGAGACGACGUUGGGCGUGAAGCCUCCGUUGCCAGAGGCGGGGAACACGCCCGCAGGCAAAAACACCAUCAGAGCCAUCUCUGUCGCAACGGGGGAUACAUCACAAGGUGAAAAAGUGUCACUCAACAAGUCGGCGGAUGCGGGCGCCACAUACGGGAAUCUCCUCGCGACAGGUGCGGCGCUGGCAGACACAUCGGAGAUGGAGUCAGAGUCCACUGCUGGGAUGGGCGUCACGGGGAUGUCGUUGCAUCCGCCCACAUGCACUAGCAAAGGUGACGCACAUUGUACAACAACACCACAGGGAGGGGUCACAGGGGAUGACGGGAAUGGAGGGAAUGCAGGGGGGGCUCCACGUUCUCGCAAUAUUGAGGACAUGACGACGGACGAUGAGGAUGGGGUAGAAGGCGGAAAGGGCGUGAGCGAUCUCAUGCUUGCAGACAAUGAGGGGUGAGACAGGGAAUGAACUUGAGGGGAAUCC